AUGCACUCCCAAAACGACGGGGGCUUCACAGUUCACUGUGCCGAGCUCAAAUGGCUCCCCCUUGCCCCGGGAGUCGAGAUCAAGGUCGUCAAGCUUGUCCCCGAGACCGGCGAGAACACAAUCAUGGUGCGGGCCCAGCCGGGGGGUCUGCUGCCACGACACCGUCACCUUGAUAGUGCAGAGAUCUAUGUUCUAAAGGGCACCGGUGCCCAUCCCCAGACUGGCGCUUUCGCGGCAGGCGACUAUAUCUCGGAGAGUAAAGGGGCGGUUCACGACCCGCUGCCGUUUGCGUGCGAGACCGAGCUGUUGAUGGUCAGUCGUGGUGCGUCUGUUUUCUUGGCCGAUGAUGGAUCGGAUAUGUUUACUAUGGAUGUUGUUAUGUUGCAGGGGUUGGUGGAUGCCGCGAAGGGGGCAUAA